UAAUCAAACGUAACGCGCGGCACUUAACCGAUUGACGGCUCUAUUAAACGUUUAUCGUUGGCGCGUAAUACUGAAAAACACUGAAUAUUAUAAUACAUAAUUAUAUACGCGUAUCGUUUGCGUGUAUCGCAUAACUAAAUAUAUUUAGGAUAAAUCGAUUUUCAUUAUUUUGAUAAUAUUUCUCUAAUAUAAUAUAUCAUUAUCGUGAGUAGUGCAGUUCUCCUUCGUACCAAAAAUUAAUAAUAUUUAACGACAAAACGGAACCGACGAUGACGAUUGCAGCCGUACUGUGAACGCUGCCGUAGCUGCCCUAUCUGUACCCGAUCCGCGAACAAAACAAAAAUUGUUAGUGUCAUAAUAUUAUAGUACGUUCACGUCCGCAGAAACCGAUGAAAUUGGACGGACGUCUCGGCGGGACGACGUGCGACGGCGGCGGUGCUGUUUACGGCGCCUCUGCGGGUCUCGGCGACAACGUCGAUCGCACGGAACGGCCACCGACUUCCGCCGCCGCCACAGCCACAGCCGUGGUGGAUGAACGCGGCUUGACGUCGCCGCGGGAACAGUGCGAUUGCGACUCCGACGCCCGUGGACAGGCCAUGGCCACCUGCACGACGGCCGGUUCCGCGGUCGUGCCGAAGACGUCUGCCGUCGGUUCGUCACUGUUUACUAUCGACAGCAUACUCGCUCCGUCCAGGUCGUCCGACGUGUCGGCCGUCACGGCAGCUUCCGGCCGCAACAACGUGACCGCGGCCACGGCGGCGGCCAACGGGUUCUUCAAGCAGCCGUUGAGCUUUGGACACCUGGCAGCCGCCGCAGCCGCCUCCGGAUACGCGCACUCCACUGCCGCAAACUUCUUAGUUGCCGCGGCUGGUUACCAAAGCAUCUAUCCUAGUUAUAUGAUGGCCAUGGCGGUGACGGGGGGCCACGGGGCUGCUGGCGGUCAUCAUCACGGUCCCGCGUCCAUGUUCGCCGGCCCACCGGCCAAGAGAAAGAGGAGGCACCGGACCAUAUUCACCGAGGAACAGCUCGAACAGUUAGAAGCGACUUUCGAGAAGACGCAUUACCCAGAUGUGGUUCUUAGGGAGCAGUUGGCGCUGAAGGUGGAUUUAAAAGAAGAACGAGUCGAGGUGUGGUUUAAAAAUCGUCGGGCAAAGUGGAGAAAGCAAAGACGUGAAGAACAAGAUAGACUGAGGAAAAUGCAACAUCAUCUGGUGGAACAGCCUGGAGUGUCUAAUGGGCUAGCAGCUGCAGUGGCGGCAGCCGCGGCUAGGGGGGGUGAUCCCAUGCGGUUAGUCCAUCUGCACGUGCAGGACGAAGAAGAACUCGAAGAAGAUCCCGAUUCUUCAGACUUAGAAGUUGCUUGAGUAAAUUCUAUCGACUGAAUAAAUGAUUGUUUGUCUUUUUUGUACAUCUCUUGAAGAGCUGGUUUUUUUUCCGUUAACCCAGAACGAUGCAUAUAUAUUUUUAAGAUGCGUUUUGAUAUUUUAAAAGCAUUUCUCUAAACCAAUAAUGAUAAUCAUUGAAAUUUGUUUUUUUAUUGUUAAUAUUGAACACCUCGACGGCUAAAAAUAUCAUAAUUUGUUACCUAUAAUAUGCUUUUUACAUUUAUAAUAAUGUGUGUUAUGAAAAUCUGACGUAACAUAGGUUAUAUAAUAUAUUACACAUAUAAUUAUAGUAUAGUAUAAUGACAUAGUAAGUACCUACCUAAGUUAAAUAUUUAAACUGAGAAUGUUCGUAUUAUUGUAUAAUAAAAAAAUAUGAUAUUACUUAUAUGUUUGUGUAGUAUAAUAACGAAAAGUGUUUGUAACUAUUAACUAUUGAUUUCAUAUUAUGAUCACUGAGCUUUUUUACUUAUAAGUUUCGUGUUUCUGAAAAUUUGACAAAAAGUCAAACCCUAUGCUAUGUAUUAUACUAAUAGUGUAAUAUUUAUAUAAGCUAUGUAAACAUAUACAUCUCACAUGUGUUAUUAUUACUUAUAUUUUAUGACACAAUGACGCUGUAUAUCCUUAUAAAUGAUUUAUUUAUGUUUAAAUUAGAUUUGUAAAAAUAUUAAUUAUUUAUGUAUAUUGUAAUACUCGUUAAAUGUAAUAAUUUACACGACAUGUUAAUUUUACAUUAUAAUUAUUACUUAAUUUUAAAUAAAUAUCCACUGCAAGGAUUUUAAGUUUAGUGUAUAUAUUAUUUUUAUUAUGUUAAUUUAAACUCAAAUUGUUAAUGUAUAGGUAUUAUUGUCUUUUUUGAUUAUAUUAUAUAUAGCUGUACAACUACGUACCAAUACAUUUUCCGGAAUCUAUUAGCGAGUUCCGAACAUUUAAAACAAAUCCAAGUAUUAUAGUAAGUAGUUCAGACACAUUGUCGGUGUGAUUAUCAAUGAUAUGAUAUGCAAGUUAGCAAAAUAUUGUACAAAUAUUUAAGCUUUUUUGUUAAACUUGCUAUUUUUAAUAGAUUAAUAACUGUACUUCUAACAAUAAUUUAUUAUUUAUAUUCAUAUUGAUGCAUAAAUAAUAUACAUAUUACCUAUAGAUAAAUAGGUACAAUAAUAUUGUUUAAUUCAAUUUCUAGUCACUAUAAUAUAAUAUAAUAUAUUAAUAUAUUCAUACAAUAAUAUAGUAUUA